AUCAACAGUUCACGGUACAGCAAGAUUCCAGACUUGGAUGGCGCUAGCACCGAGAGAGAGAAAGAGAGGGGUGAUUUGGAUGGCAAUCUCUCUCUCUCCCCUGUACAGACACACACACACACACACAGACAUGAGGAGGUGGCUGCUUGUAUGGUAGAAUUCUCCUGUGAUGCAGCCGACAAAGGUGCUUGUUAGAGCUGACGGCAAUCAGUAAAAGGUGAGCGACUACAACCUGAAGUGGUUCUGGACACACUUCCUUCGAGACCGCUGGUCUUCGGGAAGACCCUCAAUCAACUGCUCUUAUCUUGAAGCCGCUGAUGGCUAGCAAACGGAAGUCCACAACACCGUGUAUGGUUCGCGCCACAGAUGUCACGGAGCAGGACCCAGACGUGGAGAUGGUCGGGCAGGCUGGCGGGUCACCGCACCCCUUGACUGAUGAAAGCUGGCCAACAGAUAAUGAAGCGGAUGAUGCGGAUCAGGGUUUGGAAAAAGCUGCCUUAGAAAGUCAACAGACCAGGAAACUAGAAGGGGGCUAUGAAUGUAAAUACUGCACCUUUGAAUCGCAAGACUUGAAUGAAUUUACAGAACAUGUUGAUACUAUACAUCCAAAUGUUAUCCUCAAUCCAUUUUAUGUCUGUGCGAUGUGUAACUUUACGACAAAAAGGUAUGAUACUUUUACUGAUCAUAAUAGUAGGCAUCAUCCGGGAGAAAGCAACUUUAAGUUGAAGUUGAUAAAGCGCAAUAACCAGACCAUUCUUGAGCAAACUGUCGAAGAUCUUGGCACCAAUGGCAGGAACACAGAUAAAGAAGAGUUCCCUGCAGCUGGCAUCUCCCUCAGCAAAACUCCCAUCAUGAAGAUGGGCAAAAGCAAAGCUGAUGGCAAAAGAGCCAGCGUGUUGUCGCAGGUGAAGGAUGAAUUUGGCACCACGCGGGAGAGCAAGGUAGAAGAGAGUGGCAAUGGUGUUCUGCAAAGUGGCUUGGUUGUUCCAGAAACUGUGAUCAAGGAUGGAGUGGCUCACGUCAUGCCAUCAAUACAGCCCCCUCCAAACAUCAAUCUAAUACCCAAAGUCAUGAUUCCCAUAUAUGGCUCCCGGUACAAUCCCUCCCUGGACAUUAAUAAAAACUUGAUUUGCUCCUUUAACAAAUUCCCCUAUCCCACCCAAGCAGAGCUGUCCUGGUUGACGGCAAUGUCAAAAUAUCCUGAAGAACAGAUCAAGAUGUGGUUUUCAACGCAGCGCCUUAAACAUGGCAUCAGUUGGGCUCCCGAGGAAGUGGAAGAAGCCAGGAAAAUGAUGUUUAACGGCACUAUCCAGACAUCGACAAUCACUGUUGUGCCAGCGCAGGUACCUACCACGACCAAAGGCAGCACGCAACAAGUUAUCCAGACGGGAGUGUCGUGCCAGCUAGUGGGUCAGACUGGCAUUGUGUUGACUCAAAUCACAAACGGGGCAGCAACGGUGCCUUGUCCACCCCUCACUUUGACCGUGGCUGGCAACGACUCGAAUCAAACCCAAACUCACAAGCGGGUCCUGCCGCCCUCCCAGGUGGCAGUGAACCCAAAGCGUGCAAACGUCGUGCAGGUCUGCCAGCUUGCAUCGCAGGGCAACUCGGUCUUGUUCUCCCAGGGGAACACUGACAUCAACACGAGUCGCAAGAAGUCCAAGGAACAAAUGGCGGUGCUCAAAGCCAGCUUUGCCGUCAGCCAGUACCCUGAGGACGAGGAGAUUUUUCGGCUGCUGCACGUCACUAAGCUCACCCGGUCAGAGAUUAAGAAGUGGUUCAGUGACAACCGUUACCGCACGCAGCGGGGGCACUCAAGCCACACCCCUGCCGAAAGCACGGUCACCAUUCCCCACGAACCCACCGUGGGCCACAGCACCCGGAGGUCCGGGUGGCACGUGUUCUCCGAGUUUGGGCCGCAGAAGUUCAAAGAGAAGAACGCAGAGCAGCUUCGGGUGCUGGAGGAGAGCUUCCAGUACAGCUCUUUCCCAGCGGAUGAGGAGAAGGAGAGGCUGCGGGUGGAGUCCAAGCUGACCAGGAGGGAAAUAGACGCCUGGUUUUCCGAGCGGAGGAAACUGAGAGACUCGUUAGAAGGAGGGAUUCCAGAAAGGAGGAAAACUAACCUGAAGCAAGAAAAUAUUAAGUCUGAGGAAGGUGAAAUAACCCACGCUAAAACAUUACACUCUGCUCCGCAUUUUCUCUCCAAGUCCAGGUCAACCCCUCCAUUGCAACAUACUAAAACAGCCAACCCAAUUGACAAGACUCACAAAAAAAGCCAGGAGCAGUUGCAUAUCCUGAAGAGUGCAUUUGCACGCACUCAGUGGCCAACAGUGGAGCAAUAUGACAGUUUAGUGGUGCAGAGCGGACUGGCUCGGAACGACAUAGUGCGUUGGUUUGGCGACAACAGGUAUGCAAUAAAAAAUGGCAAUUUAAAAUGGCUUGAACAGUACCAAAGAGCGAAUUCAGAUCACAACGGGCAGAAUAAUGUCAACGGCAGUGGAGGGCGGGGCGGCAGAGGACACAAAACCAGUGGUGCUUGGAGCGGGUCAGUAUAUUCGCAGAGCCGGGCGGGCAAAUCGGUCCUGUUGCAGUAUUACCUGCAGCACAGGCAGCUAAGGGAAGAAGACCUCGACGAGCUGGUGUCCAGGUCCAACAUGAGCUACGAGCAAGUGAGGGACUGGUUUGCAGAAAAGCAAACGGAAGAUGCCAUGGACACGUCUGAGAGCAACAGCAGAGACGGUCAAUGUAGCGAGGAGGACGAGAACAAAGACUGGGGUGUGGUGGAUGAUAUCGACGAGAGGGGUGACUAUGUCUUGUCUGACUUGACUGCCAACUGGACACGUGCAUCACAGUGCGGCUCAACUGGGUUUAAUGAACUGGAUUCAGAAAGCAUGUCUGCGGAAAAUUCAAACAUAUAGCUAAGGAAACCAAAUGAGAAAAUAACUGGCGCACAUUGCGACAUGUCUAAAGAAAACUACCAUUUCUAUUCUCUGCGACGUAAAGAAAGUAAAUGAGGCUUUGUCUCGGACUCUGUGUGAAAUAGCAAACAGAGACGGAAUGAAGGACUGACUUACAGUACGAGUAUCUUUCAGAAAGUGAGAGAUUCAUUUUUAUCCACAGUGCCAAAGUUUUACUACUACUGCAAUUGAAAGGGUCUUUGUAAAUAUUAUUUUCUGUUUUUGAACAGAUUUGUACAAUUUAGCAAUUUUAUUACAUUUAUAAUUGGUGACGAGUUAACUUUGCAGAUCAGGGUCUGCCCUUAGCAUCCUCCUUGUUUUUUUUUAGAUUUAGUAACCACUAUCAGGCUCUCUUGUUGCAGCAUCUUUUACAGUCACUACUUCAUGACGAGGGAAAUAAAGUCUGCACCUCUGGAUUAACGAGGACUGAGAUACAGAAUGACAAAAAUCAUAUUUUAUGUCGAGUGACAUCUUUCGAUCUUCGAUGUACAAAAAUGGCAGGACGAAAAUAUUUUAACAAGCACAUAAUUGUUAGCAGCUUUUUAUUGUAAGAGGCUACAUUUAUAAUGGAAUGCAAACUGCUCUAGCCUGUCUUCACUCAGCUAGAGAUGUGCAAUAUUGACUUAUUUAUGUCAGUAUAAAAUCAUCAUUAAAGUUGCAGUAACUUGUUUCCUAUCUUUUGCAAUAUUGCAUAUUCAGAAAAUAAACUGUGUUGUCCCUGUUUGGCA